AUGACUUCAAAGUUACCAGUUGAUGAUAAACAUAUGACUUUUGCAGCAUCUGAAGAGACAGUUUAUGAACAACAUCAAGAUGUUGAUUUAAAUGAUGUUUAUAAAGAAUUAUUACCUACUUUAGGUGAAAUUGAACAAAGAAAACGUUCAAGUCAAAUAAGUAAUCGAGUCAAAGAUUCACAAGAAUUAAAUUUCCAUGAUCUAUAUUGUUAUGAUUCAAAUAAUGAACCAAUUUAUUUCCAUACUUUUAAAGGUAAAAUUGUCCUUGUGGUUAAUACAGCUACUCAAUGUGUUUCUUCAUAUCAAUUAAGACAAUUGGAAGAUCUUUAUCAACGUUAUAAACAUAUUGGAUUCACAAUCUUAGCAUUCCCUUCAGAUUCUUUCCAUCAAGAAGUUAAAGGUUCAGAUGAAUAUGUUGCAGAUAAUUGUCGUUUAAAAUAUAAUGUUUCAUUCCCAAUAAUGAGUAAAAUAAAAGUUAAUGGUAAAAAUCAAAAUGAAGUUUUUAAAUUUUUAAAAGAACAAAAACAUGGUUGGUUAAAUACUAAAAGAGUUAAAUGGAAUUUUGAAAAAUUUUUAAUUGGUAGAGAUGGUGAAAUACUUUAUAGAUAUUCAACUCUACAAAAAGUUUCAAAUAAAAUUGAAGGUGAUAUACAAAAAUAUUUAAAAGAUGAACAGAUUAAUGCUGCAAAGGGGAAAAAUAGACAACAUAUUGAUAAAGCUGAUAUUCAUCGUAUAGUGUACAUUUAG